AUGUCGACCGUGAACGUGGACAGGGACGUCUUGGACAAAAAGAGGAAGGACGUCGACGUCGAGAGUCUUUCCUCGGUGUCUGACGAUGCGUCGCGCGAGGUGAAGCUCCAGGUCCAGGAGGAGGAAGGCCACGAAAUCAAGUUUCGCUCUUGUUCGUGGCAGAAGACGGCUGCAUUGCUAUUCUCGGAGUACAUCUGCUUAGCCAUCCUAUCAUUUCCUUGGUCUUUCUCCGUUUUGGGCAUGGUCCCCGGCGUGAUCCUCACGAUUGGCGUUGCGGCCAUCGUGCAGUACACUUCCCUGAUUCUGUGGAGGUACUGCAUGAAGCACCCGGAAAUCCGCGACGUCUGCGAUAUUGGACGUGCAUUGUUCGGCGGCUCGAACUGGGCAUACAACGCUACCGCGGUGCUCUUCAUCGGCAACAACACGUUCAUCAUGGCUUUGCAUUGUCUCGUCGGCGCGAAGUGGCUCAACACGAUCUCGGGCGGCGCAGUCUGCACCGUCGCCUUCUCCGUCAUUGCCGCCAUCGCCUGCUGGUUCGUCUCGCUCCCGCGCACACUCUCGCAGCUCUCGUGGAUCGGCACGUUCUCGGCCGCAACCAUGGGUAUCGCCGUCCUCCUCGCCAUCAUCUUCUCCGGCAUCCAGGACCACCCGAACGGAUACAUUGCCGGCUCGGAGCCCAUCGUUACAGUCAUCCCUGUUCAUGGCACGCCUUACAUCUCUGGCAUGUCCGCGGCACUCAACAUCGUCUACACCCUCGUUGGCCAAAUCACUCUGCCCUCGUUCAUCGCGGAGAUGAAGGAGCCCAAGGACUUCCCGAAGGCGCUUUGGGCCGUGACGAUCUGCGAGAUCAUUGUGUUCACGCUUUGCGGUGCCAUCAUGUACCACUUCGUCGGCAACCAAUAUAUGACCGCACCUGCGUUCGGCUCCCUCAUCGAGCCCUACAAGAAGAUCGCUUUCUCGUUCGCGCUUCCGACUAUCCUGUUCUUGGGAGCACUCUACGCCUCCGUUAGCGCGCGCUUCAUCUUCUUCCGCCUCUUCCGCAACUCGAAGCACCGUCACUCGAACACCGUGCUCGGCUGGACAGUCUGGUCCGCUAUCCUUGCCACCUUAUGGGCGCUCGCCUUCAUCUUGGCCGAGGUCAUCCCCUUCUUCAGCGACUUGCUCUCGCUCAUGAGUUCGCUCUUCGACUGCUGGUUCGGCUUCAUCUUCUGGGGCAUGGCCUACCUCACCCUCCACCCUCCCGCAAAGAGAUGGGCAGGCCCUCGUCGCUCAGCCGAGACAGCGUUCAACUACCUCCUCAUCGUCAUCGGCGCGUACAUCCUCGUCGCGGGGACGUACUCGACCGUUCAGUCUAUCAUCGACAACUACAAGCUGGACGCCUAUGGGAAGCCGUUCACUUGUGUUUCGAACGCAUUAUAA